CCCAAGGUUCCCCCGGACGCCCGUCUCAGCCAGGCCAGCAGCAGCCUCAUUUGCCCCAUGACCUUCGUGCUCUCUCUACUGACCGCCCUGGUGGUGUUCAGCUACGGCCCUGGUGGAUCUCUGGGCUGCGACCUGUCUCAGAACCACGUGCGGAUUAGCAGGAAGAACUUCAUGCUUCUGGGCCAGAUGCGGAGAAUCUCCCCUCGCUUCUGUCUGAAGGACAGAAAAGACUUCGGUUUCCCCCAGGACAUGGUGGAUGGCAGCCAGCUCCCGAAGGCCCAGGCCACCUCUGUCCUCCACGAGAUGCUCCAGCAGGUCUUCCGCCUCUUCCACACAGAGCGCUCCCCUGCCACCUGGGACACCUCCCUCCUGGACAAACUCCGCACUGGACUCCAUCAGCAGCUGGAGGACCUGGACGCCUGUUUGGUGCAGGCGAUGGGAGAUGAAGAAACUGCCCUGGGAGUGACGGGCCCUACACUGGCCGUGAAGAGGUACUUCCAGGGAAUCCACCUCUACCUGAAAGAGAAGAAAUACAGUGACUGUGCCUGGGAAAUUGUCAGAGUGGAAAUCAUGAGAUCCUUGUCUUCAUCAACCAAUUUGCAAGAAAGGAUAAGAAUUAUGCAUGGAGACCUGGGGUCACCUUGAAAUGAUUCUCAUUGACUAAGAUGCCC